AUGGAUCUAGGCCAUUUAGCACAGCUGUGCUAUAAUAUGACGGAAUCAUAUUUACAGAUUACAAAUGGAACAGAUGUAAUAAAUGGAACUCAAGAAGCAAUAAGGAUAACUAAAGAUCAGCUGUUAUUGGAUAUAUUUAAGAAAUGGAAUCCUUUUAAUGAUGCACUUUCAUUUUCAUUUAAUGGUGGUAAAGAUUGUCAAGUAUUAUUAUUGUUGUAUUUGAGUUGCCUGUGGGAAUUUUUCAUGUUAGGUGUUAGCUCAUCUCAAUUCGAUAGGAAAUACCAUAAGUUCCCUUUAACCAAACUUCCCAGUGUUCUUAUAUCUCAAGAAGAAGUGUUUUCUACAGUUGAUUCGUAUAUUGCUGAAAGCAUUGAUAGAUAUAAUUUAGAUCUAUACGAGUCCACUCCUCAGAAUGGGAACCAUAUUGAUAUGGCUCAAGCUUUCGAGAACUAUUUGAACCUAUAUCCAAGUACAAAGGCAAUUGUGAUAGGUGUGCGUUAUACAGAUCCCUUUGGAGAACAUUUCAAACCAUUGCAGCCGACAGAUUCAAAUUGGCCAUAUUUUCUAAGGGUCCAACCUAUAUUACAUUGGAAGCUAGAAAAUAUAUGGAGUUAUCUUUUAUUCUCCGGAGAACCAAUAUGUGGCAUGUAUGCUAAAGGGUUCACAUCGAUUGGAGAUAUUGAUAAUACAUUGCCAAAUCCAUAUCUGAUAAUUAAUAGCACUAAUGUCAAACCACAAUUUUUAUUCUCUAAAGAAGUCGAAAGAUCGUUUUAUCAAGAUAAAAAUGCUACAAAUGAAAUAAAUAUUACACCAUUGCAACCAAUAGAUAUUAAAUUAAUAGACUCAUUUGAAGAUGAUUAUUAUCCAGGCUGGUUCCUUGUAGAUGAUGCAAAAGAAAGGGCAGGUAGAAUCAAAAAGCAGAAGAAAAGCACCAAAGCUUGA